AUGUACGCGUUGCAGGCAACGCCUGCGCAUGCUCCUGCUGGCCCACCCACCACUAAGCCGUAUGAUGCAUCUGCCGCAACUAUGUCGAGGGUGCCCAUAGCAGCGCUCCUGAGGCCCGAUGCCGUCGAGAAGUUUGUCAUGCACGACAGGACCUAUUACAAGUACAAGAAUGACAUAUACAACUUCCCGGCCGACGACACCGAGUUCGAGCGGCUCGAUGUCAUGCAUCAACUCAUAUACUCUGUAGCCCUCAACAACCAAUUACAUUACGCAGUCUUCAGGACUCCUCCUUCCCGGAUACUGGAUGUUGGCUUCGGGACCGGCUUCUGGAUGAUUGACAUGGAGUACAAGUAUUCUCAAGCUGAGAUCAUCGGUAUAGACCUGGACGAUAGUGUCGUCAAAGGAAACUCAAAAUGUAUCUUCAAGUCACCGGUGGACUUCACAGCACCCCAAUGGCCCGUCGAUGAUUCUUCAAUGGACUUGGUUCACAUGUCACAAUUAUGCGGCUGCGUACCAGAUUGGCUCGCACAUUACCGCAAAGCCUUCAGGUGUCUACGACCCGGGACUGGCCAGAUCGAGCAUGUCGAGAUUGACUGGAGACCUCGCACAAAUCAGGCCAACUUUCCUGCAGCUGCCAUGGACAUGUGGAAUUGGUGGGGAUGGGUAUGUCAAGCUUCUGAACGAUCGGGCAAACACAUAGCCUACAACGAACAAACAGAAGAAAUGCUGGAGCAAGCUGGUUUCGUCGACAUAAGCCAUAAGAAAAUCAGGAUACCGCUAUACUGCAAUGGCCAAAAGGACCCGCGGGAGUGGCAACUGGCUCACGGGUACCAAACUGCCAUGGGCCACGUUGGUUCACAAUCAUUCCCUGGAUUCAGCAUGGCACUACUCACCAGAUAUUUGGGGUUCACCCCGCAACAAGUCUACGAACUCUGCGAGCGUGUGGUGCAUGUCGUAAGGCAAAAGGAUCUACCUUUACAUGUUACAUUACACAUAUGCACAGCCCGACGACCGCAGACUUGA